AUGGAAGACGUAGAAAACGACAGCGAAGUAAAACGGACGAAGAGCCGAAGCCCAUCCCCAGGCAUCAAAUCAACAGCGGUUGUGAAGUAUACAGCUUUCCAAAGUCCAGUUGGGUAUGCACGGCUACAAUGUAAUACAGACCUGAACAUGCCUCCAUCGAACUGGGGAGCGGCAAUAGACUCGUACGGGCUAAGGCAGAUCUUGACUCGAGGCACAGGACUUUCUAGCUUCAGGAUGGCGCACAUGUUCCCCGACUGUGUUGGGGAAGUGGAUGUGAUAUCAGGAGCAGAAUGCAUCAAGAAACUGCUGAAGUUACCGUACCAGCCUAAUGGGACCGUGAGCAUGAUGGUUCACCGUGUGGAGAACACCCUGCUCCUGGACGACUUCGAUGUGUACGAUUAUCUGAUGAAGUCAGAGUGGUCAUGGCUGAAGGAUUUCUUCUAUGAAAAUAUUUUGAAGACCAUGUCUGAGCAGCGUGUGUGGGAUGUUCAAAGUGUGAUGAUGGGGUUGCGAGUAAUGAUGUAUGUCGGGUACGGCGCGAAGGAACACUAA